CAACUUGAAGUUUUCCUUUCUACUAAGUUCCCAGUUAGUGCUUGCGCGAGAAUAUCUACGUAUUAAUAUCACAUUUGGAGUAUUAUUAUAACUGAUACAAAUAAACAAAUCGUUUUAAAGCUUGCAAUUCUUUACAAGUGCGCAUUACAAACUUUAUAUAUUUUCUAUUCACGAAAAUUUGUGUAAGUAGUUUUGUAACCAACGGAGACAACUAUAGAGGCACCGUUGUCCGGAAACAGCUGUUUGUCGAGUAUGUUUCUUUGAACGUAGUAGGCGGGGGAACGAGAUACUAUGAUUCUAAGAGCAGUGCAACACUAAAAGAAACUGGUAAAAAAUUUCCCAAAACAAAAGCGCGCGAAAGAGGGGAAAAUUGCGCGCUAAUUACCACUACUCAUAUAACAAGUUGAGCAAAAUUAAAUCUAUCGUAAAACUUAAAAGAAUGUAAACCAAAUUUAACAAUAAUUUGACUGUCAGUUUAAUUAAUAAAUAAUCGAUUGCAGACAGGUGUGAUCAUUUAAUUUGGAGAAUAUAAAUCUACAUUUUACUUACGACUUCAAUGAGAUCGCGUGCUCACACAUACAUAAAUACAUCACAUGCACACAGAAUACAAAGAGAUGUUGUGUGGUAUUGAAGAAUUUCUUUGAGCGUUUUGGAGGGAAAAUGCGUGUCAGUCGAAAUUUGAGCGGGAUAAAGAAUAGACGUAUGAGUUGACUGUGCGUUGCAGACCAUUGAUAAAAAAUACGUGCGCUUUGUGAAAUUAGAAAAAAUAAUUACAAGGAUAACAAAUAUUAAUACAAAGCAUUUAACACCUAAUUAAUUAUAUUAUAAAAUGUCGCAACCUUCGAUAGCUUCAUAUUUUAAUACGCGUAAGCGAGUCGCGACAGAUGAAGCAGCUACCAUAAAAAGUCGGCGUUUAACCGACGACAAUGCAAUAACUUCCCUUCCGCCUGGUCCCAGUGCUACGAUAAAUGAAAGUGAUGGCGACGAUAUUGCCGCCAUUAAGGCUGCUGCCUUGGGCAUACGGACGCGAUCCGGUCGCACUAUCAAGCGUACACUAUCCGGCACACAAUCAUCCACUGAAGUGUUUAAGAAACAGAGUAAACUGGAACAAACUCCGCUGCAACAACAAAAACUUGUGCAGUUCAUUAAAAAGGGUCCGAUGUCGCCACGUAAGAAACCAACGGCGAUUAAUGAGAUGCAGAAGAAAAAUGAACAAACGCCCAGUGCCACCAUAGAAACAAAACUUAUCAAUGCCUUCUCUUCGAAGGACAAUGUAACGAAUGUGUUACGCGGCCUUAAAACUCCAACUAAGCAAAUAAUCAAGGGCUCUGGGGAAACACCAUUGAAGCAUGAUGAAUUGAAGGGUCUAGUGCGCAAGGAACUCAAUUUCGAUGAAGUAAAGACCAAAUUGUCACGCAGCGCUAAACUGCAGCAAUUAAAGGCUUCCCUAUCGCGCAUACAAGAGCUUGAAAAGACACGCAAGACCCAUGAAGAUCGCAAUCGUCGUUUGCGCGAGGGACAAACCGUAUCUCCGCUGAAGCAAACGGUUCCUAUUGUGCAGCUUAAAGAAUUCGAUAAAAUUGAAUUGGAAGUAUUGACUAGCCCCGCAAAGACAUUUAAGACACCCACUAAAAUACCGCCACCCACACCAGACAAAAAUGAACUUAUGUCACCACGUCACACAGAUGUUUCGAAGCGUCUUCUCUUCAGCCCGGCCAAAAGGGGCUCUCCUUCCAAACUGGUGGUGCCACCUGCGUAUCAACGUUUUAUGAGCCUUGCCGAAUCAAGUAAAGCUGGUCAACUGCUAUUGCCUUUUAAAUAUCGUCAUCUUAUUGAGAUUUUCAAGGGUGUGGACUCCGUUUGCGCCAUGUUCCAUAAUCGCAAGGAGUGCAUAACAUUCAAAAAAUUGAAACCCGCUGUUCAACGGAUGAUACGGAAGAAUUUCACUGAAACACAUUUGGCACAAAUUAAAAGUGUGUAUCCUGAUGCAUUCAUAUUUUCACAAAUGAAAAUGCGCAACUAUGGCUCCACUUCGAAGGCAGACUAUUUCCAAUUGGUCAUUUGUCCCAAUGUCGAAGGCACCGCAGUGGAUAAAGUAAAACCUUAUAAUAUUGAGGAAGAUGUUGCCGAUAAUAUAUUGAACGCUGCUCAAACGUGUACCAUGAAUCCUCAAGUGAUGACCGAGCGUUUACAACGCUUUACAAACACUUUACUGCAACGCGUUCUAGAUGAGCAUGGAAAGUUUUUGCUUACACUCGAUCCACCAAUUAACAUUCCAAAGUCGAAAGUGACGCGUUGGCAUCCAGAUUUCGAUUUGGAGAAUUGUUCAGAGAUUGAAUGCGCUCACCUACCGCAGCCACCGAAUGUGGAAAAAUACUCUUCGGCACGCGAUAUAUUGUCUACAGCGCGUAAUCUUUUUAAUUGUGCCACGCCAAUGGAGCGUGCAUUAGAACGCUACGAAGCCAAGUUGAAAGCAACACGCGUAGCAGAAGAGAAGGCAAAUAAUGAAACCAAAAUUGCGUCAGUGCCUAUGGAAAAAGUGGAAAUCGGCAGUAAAGAUGUGGUCUCAACACCAGUUAAAAGUGUCACUUCAUCCACAGUGACAACUGUCGCAUCAGCAUUGCCAGAAACUCCAGUGACAACUGCAACUGCCGCUUCCGCAAACACAACUGGCACUAGUGACGCUAUGUCUAAUUUAUUGAAAGGUGUGCCAAAAUCUUUGUUGGAAAAAAUACGCGCUAAGCAAGCAGCAAAGGCGCUAGACGCUAUGACAAGGCGGCCAUCACAGGACCAAGAAGCCACUAUGUAUUCACGUCUGCCCGAGUUAGCACGUCAUUUGCGAAACGUUUUCAUUACCGAACGCAAGGGCGUGCUUAUGUUGGAUAUUGUGAUCAAAAAGAUACAGAAUAGUUACCGGGCAUGUCUGACGGCACAGGAAAUUGAAUCGCACUUGAAACUUAUGGCUAAAGAGGUACCAGCUUGGGUAUCCUUCCAUGAGGUGCGCAAGUCAAUGUACCUUAAAAUAGUACGUGAAAUGGAAUUGAAAAAAGUGAUUGCUCAGUUGGAAAAAGUAGCAAAUGGAAAGAGCAAAUAAGUUACCAAGGCGAAUCUAUUAAAGGUGGUGUUGGUAAAUCAGCUGAUUUGUUUUUUUUCUUUCGCUGUGUCCGUGUGGCUGUCAACACAGAAUGAAACAAGACGAAUUAAUUUGUUGAUUUCAACUUCGCCAAUACUUUGCCGUGACAAUCAAACGUACAAAACAUUGUUGGUCUAGUGCCACCACCUUUAAUAAAUGCGCCUUGUAAUUUACAGUGAAACUAUCUAAUUUUUUGAAACGCGUAGGUUUAUAAUUUUUGAGUUUAUGAAUCUAGUUGGACAAAAGUCGUUAAGCAAAUAUUAUUUUGUUAUGAAUAUUUUUAAAAGGUUUUUGCUAGUUUAUUUUAAGUAAAAAAAGUGGCCUACAUUUGAAUGCCACAAAUAAUACCCGCCAAUUUCGUUUACGGACAAAACUUCGUCAAUGUUUAUUAAAGUUUAGAUUGAAUUGAAGGUUUUUUUUGGCGAGACUCGCCUAUAUAUCUUUGUCACACAAUUAAUCUUAAGAAAUAAUGUUCAGUAGGUAAUGCUUAUGAUUAUGCCGUUUUUUAUAAUAUGUGUCUAGUGGACUGGCCUUAGAGUUAUCGAUGCAACAUUUUGCUUUUUGUAUUUAAGACGUGGCGUGCUUUUGAUUUGUGCAUUUUAUCUGAAAUUAUAUAAGUUAGACAUUACGAUAUAUUUAUUUUCGGCUAUUAUCGGAAAAUAACUUAAGGAGCAGUUAGGCGACAUGACUCGGGGCAACAAACCGGCUUUCCAUUCUAUCUGCUCCGUUCUUAAUUCCUAGAGUUAUAAGUACUACUACCACACUCUUGACUAUUUUGUCCGGAAUUUACACAAUUUUCUGUACUAAAAACAAAAAACAAAAAAAAAAUAUUACAAAUAUUAAUAAAAAUAUACUUUAUAUAAAAUUUGAGUAAUAAAGAAAAAUAUUUUGUUUGUCCGAAUUACUUAGCUUAAGCUCUUUGUUUUCUGUAUGUUGUACAAAUGUACUGUUAAAAGUGAAAAUUUUUAAAUUUGCAUUCAUUGAAAAUAUGCCAUUAGUCAAGUGAGAUUUUUGUUAUUUAGUAUUUUUAUUAAUGAUUUCCUCGUAUUGAUAUAUAAAAUAUAAUAUUUAAGAAGCAUUACACUUAAGGUGACACUGUAUUAGUUAAUUAGUUUGUAUGUCCAUUUUGGACAAUGUAAUUGCAAUUUCCUCAGAGAACUAUAACAUUCAUUCAAUCACGCAUCACUUCACUUAAUAUUCAUUUAAUUUAAAUGACCAGUAACUCUUGUUUAAAAUAUUCGCAUUCACCGUUUAUAAAUAUGAUAUAUAAUAUUUAAUGG